CUUUUGAUUGCUUGAGAAUAGAAAAGAAUCAACAAGAAAAAGGGGAAAAGAAUACAUAAAAUCUCUCCUGAAAUAUGUGUACAUACUAAAACGCCAACACAGCUUUCUUGCUUAGACAAUCCUACUACUCCUUCUUCUCCCUCCUACAAUUUCCACUCUUAUAGUUAGGGUUUAUGACAUGCUACUCCAUACAAGUACAACCCCACAAUGCUUCAACAAAGGAGACGCUGUAGAAGUCCUAAAAACACAGCCUUUUACCAUCUGGUACCCCGCCACCUUACUCCGAUCAACCCCAACCAGAAAUGGUCAAAUUUACGUUGAGUUUCAGACCCUUAACGAGGAACCUUCUGGACGCCGGAGGAGAGAGUACGCUAAUGCUUGUGAUGUACGGCCUACGCCUCCAACGGAGCUUCACAGGUACUUCAAGGUUGGUGACAAUGUGGAGGUCCUUUAUGAAGGGAAAGGGUGGAGAAAAGGGAAGGUGAAUGAUAUCUUGGAGAAUUCUAUAUAUUUGGUUUCACUUGUAGAAGUUGUGGUUAAAGUGGAACUUUGGGGUUUGCGGUUUUAUCGAGACUGGGAUGAUGGCUCUUGGGUUCCUCCUCCUCUUCACCUCCAAAAAUUGCCCCAGAACACACCAGAUUUAGACCUAAAGUCAAGAGGGGUCAAACUCAGGAUAAAGUGUAGCAGAUCUUGGAUGGAAACAUUUAGCGAUGGGAUGUCUGUAGAGGUCAAAGGUGAUAAAGAAGGUUUGCGUGGUUCAUGGCAUAAUGCAGUUAUUGUCAAAUCUGUUGGCUAUGACAAGUUUUUGGUCGAAUAUCAGACACUGAAAGCAGUGAACGGGUCUCAAUUUCUCAAAGAAGAGGUUGAUGCUUCAUGCAUCAGACCGUGUCCACCUGAAAUCCAUUCGUUUCAUCUUUUUGAACCUCUUGAUAAGGUAGAUGCUUGGUUCAUUGAUGGAUGGUGGGAAGGUCAUAUAAGAGAAGUUCUUGGUGGUUUGAUGUAUGAAGUGUGUUUGUUGAGCACAGAGGAAGUAUUGGUGUUUGAACAUUCUAUGCUGAGACCUCAUCAAGAAUGGAUCAAAGAGAAAUGGGUUACUGCCAGAGAGUUUGAUAUGACAAGAAGUUCAUCUGACAUGAAUUUGAAGUCAAAGGAUCUGAAAAUCAAGAUAAAGUGUAGUGGAAAGACAUGCAAGUUCAGCAAAGGGAUGAGGGUAGAGGUGAAAAGUGAUGAAGAAGGAUACAAGGGUUCCUGGUACACUGCAGUUAUUAUCGAGUCCAUUGGUCAGCAUAAGUUUUUGGUGGAGUACCUGACACUAAGAACUGAAGAUGAAUCUGAGCCCCUUAAAGAAAUGGCAGAUGCUUCUGACAUUAGGCCCUGCCCCCCUGUAAUUGAUAGAAUUGACAGAUUUAAAAUGCUUGAAGAAGUUGACUCAUGGUUUAAUGACGGAUGGUGGGUUGGUAUUAUAUGCAAAAUCCUUGAUGGCUUAAAGUACAUGGUGUAUUUUUGGACCACAAAUGAGGAACUGGUGUUUGACCAUUUCACUUUGAGACCCCAUCAAGAGUGGAUUGAUGGAAAAUGGGUCAUUGCCUUCAGGAAAAAACCCAAAGUUCAAGCGAAGCCCGGACUUGGAAAACUAAGAGGACAGAAUGGUGGAGUAGCCAGGCGCACAAAAUUUAGCGUUGGAGCAAAGGUGGAGGUGAAGAGGGAUGAAAAAGGUUACCAGGGUUCAUGGUACCCUGCUACAAUUGUGAGACAUCUAGGAAAUGGGAAGUAUCUGCUGCGAUACCAGACUCUAGAAACUGAUGAUACGGAUCUCCUGACUGAAGAAGCAGAUGCUCUUUGUAUAAGACCUCCCCCAGUGACCCAACAUGCUGACAUAUUCAGGCCACUUGAUGAAGUUGAUGCUUGGUAUAAUGGUGGAUGGUGGGCUGGUCAAGUUUGCAAAGUUCUUGAUGGUUCAAACUAUACAGUCUACUUUAAAAUGUCAAAUGAGAUGUUGGAAAUUCAGCAUUCCGAUUUGAGGCCCCAUCAACAUUGGCUAGAUGGAGAAUGGAUUGCUGCUAAAAGGGUAUUGGUGUGAUUCUUUUUUCUCUUAAAGCAGCUAACUUAUUUGUGAUGUUAUUAACAUAGAGCUGCUGAUUGAUUAUCUGUUGUAUAUUUGGACAUGGACUCCCAAAUUGGUUUUUCGUCUACUCUCUGUUUCCUGCAAGCAAUGAAAGUAGACAAAAGGGAAAAGAGAAAAAUAUAGGUGAACUUGGACAUGCCACAGUAAAGCAUGCAAUAUUUAAACUGGACCUGCUUUGGUCCUUAUUACUUGUCCAGAAUGUGUUGCUUUGCAGGGUUGGAUAUCAUGAUCAGGGCAGCCAAAGCAAGCAUGAUGAUAUUUACCUACUUGACUUUUCGUAAUUCAUGAAA